GGGGGGGGGGGGUUGCACGUGCAACACACGCGUGUGUGUCUGGUGCCCAAGCGAGGGGCCGUGUUUGGAAGUGCGGGUGGGCGGUUCCCGGGGGUGGAGGGAGCUGGUGUGAACGAGUGUGCGAGCGAGUGCUCAGGUGCAGGCCGUUCCCGUGUCAGUGUGCGUGGCCCCAGCCCCCUCCACCCGCCAUGGACAAGGUGAAGCCGGAGGAGGAGGGGACGAGCCCCGGGGAGCUCCGCCUGGGGGGGCUGCCGGAGGAGCCCCCCGCCCGCCCGGCCUGGAGUAACAAGGCCGAAUACAUCCUGGCUCAGGUCGGCUUCUCCGUGGGGCUCGGCAACGUCUGGCGCUUCCCCUACCUGUGCCACCAGAACGGGGGAGGAGCCUUCAUCCUCCUCUACCUCCUGAUCCUCCUGGUGGUGGGGAUCCCCCUCUUCUUCCUGGAGCUGGCGGCCGGGCAGAGAAUCCGCCAGGGCAGCAUCGGGGUCUGGCAGCACUUCAGCCCCCGCCUGGUCGGCAUCGGCUUCGCCAGCUGCGUGGUCUGUGGGUUCGUUUCUCUCUAUUACAACGUGAUCAUCGCCUGGAGCCUCUUCUACCUCGGCAGCUCCUUCCGCGCCACCCUGCCCUGGGCCAGCUGCCCCCUCGGCGCCAACCGCAGCCAGCCAGAACCUGAAUGUGCCCAGAGCUCCCCCACCACCUACUACUGGUACCGGAAGGCGCUGGACGUGAGCGAGUCGAUCGGCGCCGGCGGGGGGGUGAACCUGGCCAUGGCCGGCUGCCUGCUGGUCGCCUGGGCCCUGGUCUGCGGCGCCCUCAUCCGGGGCAUCAAGUCCUCGGGCAAGGUGCUGUAUUUCAGCUCCCUCUUCCCCUACGUGGUGCUGCUCUGCUUCCUGGUGCGGGGGCUGCUGCUGGACGGGGCGGCCGACGGCGUCCGCAUCAUGUUCACCCCCCAGCUGGCGGUCUGGGGCGACGUGCAGGUCUGGCGCCAGGCGGCCACCCAGGUCUUCUUCUCGCUGGGGCUGGGCUUCGGGAGCGUCAUCGCCUACUCCAGCUACAACCCGCAGCACAACGACUGCCACGCCGACGGGCUGCUGGUGGCCACCAUCAACUUCCUCACCUCGCUGCUGGCCACACUGGUCGUCUUCGCCGUGCUGGGCUUCCGGGCCACUGCCGUCGCCAGGGCCUGCGUGGCAAGGAACGUGGAGAUCCUGACCCAGCUGCUGGGGAUCGGGGGCCUGCCCACCCUGGAGCUGCCCACCCUGGACCCGGCGGCGUUGCCCCCACCCCAGUACAGCGCCUGGUACCACAGGCUGCCCGCCGAGCUGGGCACCGCGCUGCAGGGACACGGUGUCACCGACUGCCGGCUGGAGGACGAGAUGAACAAGGGCGUCGAGGGCACCGGCCUGGCCUUCAUCACCUUCACGGAGGCCAUGACCCUGUUCCCGGCCUCCCCGUUCUGGUCCGUCCUCUUCUUCCUCAUGCUGCUGAACCUGGGGCUGAGCACCAUGCUGGGCAACAUGCAGGGCAUCCUCACCCCCCUGCUGGACCGCUACCCCCUCCUGCAGCGCCGCGCCACCCUCUUCACCGGGCUGUGCUGCCUCGUCGGGUUCCUGCUGGGGCUGAUGUUUGUGCAGCGCUCGGGCAGCUACUUCGUCUCCAUGUUUGACGACUACUCGGCCACCCUGCCCCUGGUGGCCGUGGUGGCCUGCGAGGCCGUGUCCGUGGCCUGGGUCUACGGGGCAGACAGGUUCCUGGCGGAGGUGGAGAACAUGCUGGGCUGGCAGCCCUGGCGGACGGGCUGGCGGCCCUGGCGGCUCUAUGGCUACAUGUGGCGUUACGGCAGCCUGCUGGCCAUGCUGGGGCUGCUGCUGGCCAGCCUGGGGCAGAUCUGCCUCAGCCCCCCCACCUACCAGGCCUGGGACCAGGUGCAGGCGGAGGAGACGCGGGUGCCGUACCCGCCCUGGGCUCUGGCCAUGCUGAUCUUGCUCAUCGUCGUGGCCACCCUGCCCAUCCCCGCGCUCUACGUCCGGCAGCUGGUGAGGGAGAGGCAGGCGCGGCGCUGCCAGCAGGGGGCGCCCCCCAGAGCGGAGCCGGAGGAGGAGGAGGCGGAGAGCCCAGCUGACCCCGAGUGCUCGGCCAAUGGGUACCUGCCCGUCCGCACCGAGGAGCCCCCCCGGGCUGGGGCCUCCCUACUGGGGGGGCCAAACUAAUGGGGGGGAGAUAUGAGGGGGUAGAGGUCAAAGGUCAUUGGAGGGGAGCAUCUGUGACCCCUCCCCUUGGGUGGGGCUGGCUCCCCAUGGUGUGGGCUCCCCUGCCCAGGGCGGGCACUGGGCUCGAUUGGUGGAGCUGGGAGAGAGCCAAGGCCUCCUAUUGGUGGGUCGAAAGAAGGCGCCUUCUCUGAUUGGUGGAGGGAGAAGUGCUGCUCACUUGGCGCCCGGAGCCAAAGGACCAAUAAGGGAAGGAAGAACAAAGCAACCCCCCAUUGGUGGACCCAUGUGGCGGAGCGGCCUCUGAUUGGUGGAGCAAAACACUGCGCGCUCUGAUUGGUGGACUGAGGCAGUGAAGGGGAGACCAACCUGCAGAGCAGGGUCCCCCACCCCUUUCUCGCUACUUUACACUCCGGGCGGCCAUGUUGUUCCCGCGGCGUUGCCUAGGGGCGGCCAUCUUGUCUUUCUCCCAAGGCUGCCCGUGCCCCGCUGAGGCCUUCUUAGAAACGUGGGGCUAACUAACCCCUCUCCUGUCGGGGCUGGAGCCACCAGCCCCCCCUCGUGCCAAGCCUGGCCUAGCCGGGCCCCACACAAGUGCCUGAGCCUCUGGGGUAGACGGGGGCGUCCAUUGCCAAGAUAUGGGGCCAGAUUUCAUUGUUGGGGGGGCCACAGCCCGAGCCCCCCCCACGCUGCCGCCCGUCUCGCCAAUGACAGUUGAUGGGCAGGUUCAUCCUGCCGGGAAGACGGGGUGGGGGGUGGGGCGUCUGCCCCAUAGCGUAUGCGUGGAAACCGUGUACGAUCGGGGCGCGUCUAGGGUAGACUCGACCCACGUGGCACGGGAGGCCUGGUGAGCCCAGCUGCUGUUUACACCAGUUGGUGCAACGACGUGGAGGCUCCAGCUGCUGGGUUGGCUGAGGGCAGCUGCUGUCUACACUAAUGGUAGCAACAGUGACAUGGGGGAGCAGGGGCUGGGGGGCUGCCUGGCCCUGCUGGGUCUGUCUCCCGCGUUGCACUGCGCUGAACUCGGAGGGGCGGCAGUCGGACACCUGGGGCCUCUUUUUAAAGGGAAAGUUGCCACAAUGCUGCUGGCCUGGUGUGUUUUGGUGGGCUGUGGGGUGGGUCUUAUUCCCCCUCCUGCUAACGGGGAGGCCUCACCCCAUAGGAUCCAGGACUAAGAACAGAGGGGGGCUGAGCCCCACAGAAUUAAUGUAUUGUCAUCUAGCCAUUCCCCAUCCAUCCCUCACGCCAUCUGUCAUCCAAUCCCCAUCUAUCCACCCCCCAUGGCUCCAUUCCCCUCCUCCCCCUGCCCCAAGAUGCCUCGUUAGCUCUCCUGGGCUCAGCCCCUCUCUGCGUCUGACCCACCGGCCCUGGAACAAGAAGAUUCUGUCUGACAGACACUACCAGACUCACUCAACACCCACAAUGGUACGUACGGGGAGGGGGCUGGGCCAGGCCUCCGGACUCCUGGGUUCAAUUCUGGCCGCCGGCUCCCCUGCCUUGCUGGGCCUCAGUUUUCCCCAUCUGUAAAAUGGGGGUUGUGCUUCCUUAUACAUUUCUCAGAGCAGGGGGAUCUCGCUAGGGUACUAAGCAGUGGGGGGGGGCGGUAUCUGGAAAUCUCUUGCCCACUCUGGGAGCUCUCGCUGGCCCGCAGGUGCUAGGGGUGGGCUGGAGUUCCCCGGGGGGAUGGGGAACCACAGCCCCUCAGCAGCUGGGUGCGGGAGGGUGUGUCACUGACUGUAUUGUUUUCAUGGUGCUGUUCUUGCCUGAAGAAUAAAGGUGUUUUGUUCACGCCGAGCGGGGUGGUG